UGCUGGCCGGGGACAGAGCCGGGCACUGAGGAGCGACAGGACCCGGAGGACGAGGAGUGAGAGCGCAGGCAGCGAGGAAAGGAGGAUCCCGGCAGGUGACAAGCAUGAAAUUCAGCCCAGCGCACUACCUGCUGCCUCUCCUGCCGGCGCUGGUCCUCAGCACCAGACAGGACUCUGGAGAGCUAGAAAAGCAGCUGAAGCAAGUCUUGAAGGAGCGGAGCACCAUCCUCCGCCAGCUGACAAAAACAUCAAGAGAACUUGAUGGAAUUAAAGUCAACCUUCAGAAUUUGAAAAACGAUGAGAAAUCUGCCAAAACUGAUGUUCAGAAGCUUCUGGAAAUAGGUCAGAAACAAAGAGAACAAAUGAAGUCUCUCCAGGAGGCCCUGGAAAUUCAGCUUAAAGAGACAACUGAGAAAGCAGAAAAACAGCAGGCUACUAUUGCUUUUUUAAAGACUGAAAUGGAGAGAAAGAACAAAAUGAUCCGAGAUCUCCAAAAUGAGGCCCAACAGCUUACUGAUCUGGAACGAAAAUUAGCUGUGGCGAAAAAUGAACUGGAGAAAGCAGCUCUUGACCGGGCAUCACAGCUGAAAGCAAUGAAAGAGACGGUACAACUCUGCCUCUCAACUGUUUUCCAUGAUCAACCUCCUCCCCCUUUGAAUCUCUUCAAGCCGAGUCCAACUCGGAUAUCAAUUCCAUCCAUGCCAAAUGACACUAAGGUUGCAGAUGCAAGGACAAGAAGCAAGGCUCAACAAACCACUUCUGAAGCCCAUGAGAGCUCUCAAGUUGAGACUACAAAGGAAGAAUAUCUGAGUACCCCUGAGUGCGAUACUCAAAUUGGGAGCACGACCUGUUCAAUGAAGCACAAAGAAAAUCCUGCAAGCAAUGACACUGCAGAAUCAGAACCUGUCCCACAGAAUGUGCCAGUGCCUCCUUGUACUGAAUGUGAAGAGGAAAAAAACCCAGGAAAACAAUUGACCAGCACUGAAGGGAAGGCAAAUAGAGAAAAAAAAUGA